AUGACAACAGAGAAGAGUUUAGUGGCUGAAGCUGAAAAUCCACAGCACCAACCACAGAAGGAAGAGGGUGAGGGAGCCACAAACUCUGGUCAACAGGAAACUCAGUUGGAAGAGGCUUCUCAAGCAGCAGCUGAGGGAGAUAAUCAGUGUGAGCAGAAGCUGAAAACAUCUAAUGGAGACACUCCAACACAUGAAGACUUGACCAAGAACAAGGAGCGGACAUCAGAAAACAGGGGCCUGUCACGGCUGUUCUCCUCAUUUCUCAAAAGGCCUAAAUCUCAGGUGUCUGAGGAGGAAGGCAAAGAAGUAGAGUCAGCUAAAGAGAAAGGUGAAGGAGGUCAGAAAGAGAUAGAAUUUGGAGCUAGUCUUGAUGAAGAGAUCAUUUUAAAGGCCCCAAUUGCAGCUCCUGAACCUGAGCUCAAAACAGACCCAUCCUUGGAUCUCCAUUCAUUAAGCAGUGCAGAAACUCAGCCUGCUCAGGAAGAACACAGAGAAGAUCCAGAUUUUGAGACUAAGGAAGAAGGAGGACUUGAGGAGUGCUCUAAAAUAGAAGUAAAAGAAGAAGAUCCUGAAUCAAAAGCAGAGAGAGAAUUGAAAGCUUCCCAGAAAUCCAUCAGAAGGCAUAGAAGCAUGCAUUGCAAGGUCUCUCUGUUGGACGACACAGUUUAUGAAUGUGUGGUGGAGAAACAUGCUAAGGGACAAGACUUACUUAAACGAGUGUGUGAACACCUCAAUCUUUUGGAGGAAGACUACUUUGGUCUGGCCAUUUGGGAUAAUGCAACCUCAAAGACAUGGCUGGAUUCUGCCAAAGAAAUAAAAAAGCAAGUUCGUGGUGUCCCUUGGAAUUUCACAUUUAAUGUAAAGUUUUACCCACCUGACCCAGCACAGUUAACAGAAGAUAUAACAAGGUAUUACCUAUGUCUUCAGCUUCGGCAGGACAUAGUGUCAGGACGUCUGCCAUGUUCCUUUGCAACCUUAGCGUUACUAGGCUCUUACACUAUCCAGUCUGAGCUGGGAGACUAUGACCCAGAACUCCAUGGCACAGAUUAUGUUAGUGAUUUUAAACUGGCCCCAAAUCAGACCAAGGAACUUGAAGAGAAGGUCAUGGAACUGCAUAAGUCAUACAGGUCCAUGACUCCAGCUCAGGCUGACCUGGAAUUUCUUGAGAAUGCCAAAAAGUUGUCUAUGUAUGGUGUUGACCUUCAUAAAGCAAAGGACUUGGAGGGCGUGGAUAUCAUCCUAGGUGUCUGCUCUAGUGGCCUUCUGGUUUACAAAGAAAAGCUGAGAAUUAACCGCUUUCCUUGGCCCAAAGUGCUGAAGAUUUCUUACAAACGUAGCAGCUUUUUCAUUAAGAUUCGGCCUGGAGAGCAAGAACAGUAUGAAAGUACUAUUGGAUUCAAACUUCCCAGUUACCGAGCAGCUAAGAAAUUAUGGAAAGUCUGUGUAGAGCAUCACACAUUUUUCAGACUGACAUCUACAGACACCAUUCCUAAAAGCAAAUUUCUUGCCCUGGGAUCCAAAUUCCGAUACAGUGGCCGAACUCAGGCUCAGACCAGGCAAGCUAGUGCUCUGAUUGACAGGCCUGCCCCACACUUUGAGCGCACAGCAAGCAAACGAGCAUCCCGAAGCCUUGAUGGAGCAGCGGCCGUUGAGUCAGCAGACCGAAGUCCUCGGCCCACCUCUGCACCAGCCAUUGCUCCGAGUCAAGCCGCAGAGGGCACUGUCCCAGCUGCACCUGUCAAGAAAGCACAGAAGGAAACAGUGCAGGUUGAAGUGAAAAAGGAAGAGGCACCACCUGAGGAUGCUGAGCCAGAGCCCACAGAAGCAUGGAAGGUGGAAAAAACCCACAUCGAGGUCACAAUACCCACCCCAAAUGGUGACCAAACACAGAAGCUUGCAGAAAAACCUGAAGAUCUGAUAAGAAUGAGGAAGAAAAAGAGAGAGAGACUAGAUGGUGAAAACAUUUAUAUCAGACAUAGCAAUUUAAUGUUGGAGGAUUUAGACAAAAGUCAAGAAGAGAUCAAAAAACAUCAUGCCAGCAUCAGUGAGCUGAAAAAGAACUUCAUGGAAUCUGUACCAGAACCCCGGCCUAGUGAAUGGGAUAAACGCUUAUCCACUCACUCUCCUUUUCGAACACUUAACAUCAAUGGGCAAAUCCCUACAGGAGAAGGACCUCCCCUGGUAAAGACUCAGACCGUCACCAUCUCAGACACUGCCAAUGCUGUGAAAAGUGAAAUUCCAACCAAAGACGUCCCUAUCGUCCACACCGAGACCAAGACCAUCACGUACGAGGCUGCCCAGACGGACGACAGCAACAGCGACUUGGACCCAGGAGUCUUGCUGACAGCUCAGACCAUCACAUCCGAGACCACCAGCAGCACCACCACAACUCAGAUUACCAAGACUGUAAAAGGUGGGAUUUCAGAGACCCGGAUUGAAAAGAGAAUUGUGAUCACAGGAGAUGCGGAUAUUGACCACGAUCAGGUCCUGGUACAGGCCAUCAAGGAGGCGAAGGAGCAGCACCCGGACAUGUCAGUGACCAAGGUGGUCGUCCAUCAGGAAACCGAGAUCUCUGAGGAGUGA